UGCAUUUAAUACACACCAGCUAUCGGAAUUGGGGGUUGCAGCCUGCGAUUUAUGGCACUGUACUUCACUGUCCGGUCGCUCGCUUUAAGCCUCCACUUGCAAAUUGCACCGCACUUUAUCUGCGAAAAAAAAAACUUUUUUUAAGCCAAACAAAAAAGUUGUUGGGGGAUCCGUCUUUGCUUUCUGCGGUCCCUUUCUUUAUUGAACAAGAUAAAUAUUUUCACAAUCUGGCGGGCAGAUUGCAGAGGGAGAUUGAACGUGGCUGGGCUUUCAUUUGAGAAGCCAGUCGGUGCUGCGCUGAUCCAGAGAAGAGGAGAAAAAAAAGUUAGAGCAGUGGGCACGAUAAAAACUUUUGGAAGUUUUCAAAGGGAUGUCUUUUAUUUGGGUGGGGGAUGGGUGGAGUGCGCUGGCUAUUAAUCAGAUUGGGACCACUCCAGAUAGCUUGCUGCAUUUUCAGGAAUGAUUCAGACUCAGUGCCUCUGUCUCUAUGGUCCGGGGGGUGGUGGUCGACGUUAAAUAAUGUCGGGUUUUUUUUUGUGUGUGAAGAUAUCACUUUCUUUCUGACUUCGGUUGGAUUUCUGGGACGGGGCCGGAUUCGUUUGAUCUGCAGUGAUUUGCACCAGAAGCAGCACAAUUUGGUGUGACUGGGGAGAGGAGAGAGACUCUGUGACCGAUACCUUCACCAGUAGACUGGCCCUACGCUGGCACGGAGGUGGGCUGUACCGAAUCCCUGGCGGACCAGUGAGCGGCACACUUCUGUGCCUAGGGACCUCCUGCGCACCAUUGUAUCAGGAUCCCAGCCUCAAAGACAGUAGCAAUGAGAAUGAGGAGCAAAUAUGCCAUUAUUCUAUUUUUCCUUGUUGCCCUUGUGAUCAUUGAGAAAGAGAACAACAUUAUUUCAAGGGUGUCGGACAAGUUUGUGCUGAAAUUCCCGCAAGUGGAAUUUAUGGGUCCGAACAAUACCAUCUCUGCCAGGGCCUUGACUGAGAAUAACACCCUGGUGGCCAGCUCCAACAGCGCUCUGGGGCAGCUGCACAAAGCGCAGAGAAACUGUUCCACGCUGCGGACCACACUGGGCGGGGAAGAGCGGAAGGAGGUGACGGGCAGGAGGCACCUGCUGUUGAUGGCCACCACCAGGACGGGGUCCUCCUUCGUGGGCGAGUUCUUCAACCAGAACAGCGACAUCUUCUACCUGUUCGAGCCACUGUGGCACGUGGAGAAGACAGUGACCUUUGAGCCGGGUGGGAUGAACGCAGUGGCCUCCUCCAUCAUCUACCGCGACACGGUGCAGCAGUUGAUGUUGUGCAACCUCUAUGCGCUGGAGAGCUUCCUCUACCCCACGCCCGAACGCCACGUCACCGGCUUCCUCUUCCGCCGGGGCUCCAGCAAGUCGCUGUGCGAGGGCGCGGUCUGCACUCCGACCAAGAGGGGGGGCACUCAGAGGUUCCCGUGCCGUGUGCGGCAGUGCGGCCUUCUCAACAUGACCCUGGCCACUCAGGCCUGCCUGCAGAAGCAGCACGUGGCCAUGAAGACAGUGCGCCUCAGGCAGCUGGAGUACCUCCGUCCUCUGGUGGAGGACCUCAGGAUCGACCUCAGGAUCAUCCAGCUAGUCCGUGACCCGCGGGCGGUGCUGGCCUCGCGCAUGGUGGCCUUCCCCGGCAAGUACGACGCGUGGAAGAAGUGGGCGAACGAGGGGCACGUGCCGGAUGACGAGGAGGUGGGCAAGCUGCGGGGCAAUUGCGAGAACCUGCGGGCCUCCGCCCAGCUGGGCAUCGGGCAGCCCCCCUGGCUCAGGGGCCGCUUCAUGCUGAUGCGCUACGAGGAUAUCGCACUGGAGCCCCUCAAGCGGGCCGAGGAGAUGUACCGCUUCGCCGGCAUCCCCAUCACGGACGAGGUGAAGACAUGGAUCUACGAGAACACCCGGGCCUCCAAGGCCAGCGACAACGUCUACUCCACCCGCAAGAACUCUUCGGAGCAGUUUGAGAAGUGGCGGCUCGGCCUACCCUUCAAGAUAGCCCGGGUAGUCCAGCAGGUCUGUGAGCCCACCAUGAGGCUCUUUGGCUACAAGCUAGCCAAAGAUGCAGCGACCCUUGCCAACAGAUCUGCCAGCCUGCUGGAGGACAGGAACUUCCGAGCAACCUAACCUCAAGGGCAAUUACUGCAAUCAUUUUCCAGCAGUGGAAGGCGAACGUCUACAAUUUAUCGCCAGAAUUUGAAGCUCCUUGAACCUUCUUCCAAAGUGCCGGGCAGCUCUUUGAUGGAUGUGCAAUGGCCUAAUGAGACAUCAAAGGACAACACAGUUGCUUGAAGUCCACAUGAUAAUGGAAUCACACUAAGCACACACACACACACGCACAUACACGCACAAACGCACACAUACACACGCACACACAUGCACACACACACACACACACACACACACACACACACACACACACACACACACACACACACACACACACACACACACACACACACAAACGCACACAUACACACGCACACUCAAACACGAACACUGACAAACACUACAAAUAUAAAAACACACUAACAUAAAUUCUCACAAGCAAACACAUAUAUACACUUCACAUGAACACACAUGGAUGCACAUACUUGCGCACAAACAUGAACACACACAAUGAACAUACACACAGAUGUAUACACUCACCCACACUCAUGCGCACACACACACACACACGCACGCACGCACGCACGCACGCACACACACACACACACACACACACACACACAC